UCCUACAGUGCACUCUGGUUUUUGCAAUUCUUAUCAAUUUAUUAAGAAUGAAAAGCAAACACAACAACAAAACUAAUGGAUCAUAAAGUGGCUGAUCCAAUAUAAAAAUGAGAACAUUUGCAAAUAGAAAUUUAUUAUGAUUCCAAAUCUAAGUGUAAACUAUAUUCUAUUUAUAAUACUACUUCUCAUCAUUAUGAAUAUGGACAGUCAUGCCAAAAAUGCUUUCCUUAAUGGAGUUUUACAUAUCUUGGGCUAUAUAUUACUUUCAGUCAAGCCUAUAAUCCGUGCUAUUCAUAUUUUAAAUAGAAAUGCAAAUGCUGAAGAACCAAAUACUAAUGAACCAAUUUUUAUGUUGAGCCUUGCUGGAGUUUUUCUAUUUUUGAUAAUUUUAACCGUCUUGAUGUUAGUUGGUGUUACUAAGCAACGUCAUUUACUAAUGGCUCCCUUUGUAAUAAUCUGUUCUCUAGUCUUGGGUGGUACGGUUAUUCUGCAUACCAUACAUUUGAUAAUGGAUUUUCGCGUUUCUUUAUACUUAAUCCAGGAUCUGGCAUUGACAAUUGGUGUUCAAAUCAUGUCUCUAUAUCCCAUUUAUACCUACUUUAUGAAACUACGCUUAAGAUCAUUGAAGGAAAAAUCACUUCAAGAGACUUGUGAGGGAAACGAAAAGAAAAAGAUAGCUUUAGUUCUUUAUACAUAGUUUAAAAAAAACAGAAUAAAUAGUUAGUAUAAGUAAUAAAUUUGUUGUAAUCAAUAAAAAUUAAUUUUUGUUAUUUCUAUAAAAAA